AAUAAAACGAUGAAAACACGUGUCGGCUACUGUUUGUUUUUGCAACCGGAUAUCGGUGAUCCUUCGACAUUUAUCAAUUUUGUCCCUCCAGGCUGACCAUAGUUGUUUGUGACUAACUGAAAAGAGGUGUGGUGGUGCAGAAUGGUGCUCUUCCUGUCAGGUUAAAAUCGUUCCUAGAGACUCUACUAAAACACUCAUUAAGGUUAUCGAGUUAGAAAAACGGAAAGGCACCACUUUACGUGAGUGUCUUGCUCAUUAACCAUAGCUUAUAAAUGUCGCUGUCUAUAACUCUCUUGGCGGCAGUACACGUGAAAAGUUAAAGCAGCUUCUUGCAGCUGUAGCUAUCUCUGUGUCCAAAAGACAAGGAGAACGGGCUGCUGUCAUUUGCUGUCCCCUCAAUGGGUUUACUGAGUGCCAUAAGAACUGUCAGAUGCUACCUGGGCCCCUUUCUAACAUCAAAAUCAUGUCUCUCCACCAAAGCCUCCCUGCUGGGGGACAAGAACAUCCUGCUAAUGGGUGCUCCUGGAGCAGGGAAGACCACAGUGGGGAGGAUAGUGGCCCACAGAUUAGGACUACCUGUCGUUGAUGUUGAUGACGAUGUCUUGGAGACAACGUGGAAGAUGCCUGUGGCUGCCAAGCUGGCAGCAGUUGGCGGAGAGCGUUUCCUUGAGGAAGAAGGCCAGGCUUUGUGUAACUUCUCUGUCUCUGGGUGUGUUGUUUCCCUGACAGGCUCUAACCCCCUUCAUGCUGCAGCAAUGCAACACGUCAAAAAAUCCGGACUGGUCAUCUACUUGGAUGUGGACAGUGAAGACAUCAUGCAAAGACUCGGCAGGAUGAAAGUGAACCAGAUAGUGGGCCAGGGGGCAGAAGCAUCCAUCAGGGACAUUCUGCAAUACAGGAAACAGUUUUAUGAGAAAUGGCUUGACGUGCGGGUGCUGUGUGGCAAAGGGGACACGGUGGAGGAAGUUGCGGAGAAGGUGCUGAAAGCUAUGGAGAGAUAUCAGAACCACGCUGCAGAAACCUACGUGUCAACCAGGAGUGACAGUGUGGCAUUGUCCAAACAGACAACACACUUUAGUGACGUUGUAGUUGAGGGUCUGGCCACAGAUGGAGGCCUCUAUGUUCCCAAAAAUGGCUUCCCAAACAUUGGUGCUCGUGAAUGGUUGCGACUAGCUGACAUGUCAUACCCGGAACGAGCAUUAGUUUUACUUGAAAAGUGCAUACACCCAUUGGAUAUCUCUGCUUUGGAUCUCAGAACAAUGAUUUUUAAAGCAUAUGGGUCUAACUUUUCUAGUGAGGCAGUAGCACCUGUAAAACAUCUCAUUCACAAUCAGUAUGUUCAGGAGCUCUUCCAUGGCCCCACCGCCUCAUUUAAAGACCUCGCCUUGCAGCUGAUGCCCGAGCUCUUUGCCUACUGCCUCCCACAGAUGUGCAACUACCUCAUUCUUGUAGCUACCUCUGGGGACACAGGUAGUGCAGUGCUCAGUGGCUUCAGCAGCCUUCGUGGCACUGACAUACACAGGACGGGGGUGCUGGUGUUCUUCCCAGAGGAAGGCGUGAGUGAGAUUCAGAAGCUUCAGAUGACGAGCUACAGGGAGGGCAACGCCAGGGCGAUCAGCGUCCUGUCAGACUUUGACUUCUGUCAGAGAACCAUAGAGAGGAUGUUUGGAGAGUGUGGGCUGACCGGGCACCUCGCUGUGGAGUACAGCACAGUCCUCAGCACCGCCAACUCCAGCAACUGGGCGCGGCUGUUGCCACAGGUGGUUUACCAUUCUUCAGCCUAUCUGGAUCUGAUCAGAGACGGUGUUAUCAAGUUCGGUGAGCCCAUUGAUGUUUGCAUCCCUUCUGGUAACUUUGGCAAUGCCAUGUCAGCCGUGUACGCCAAGCAAAUGGGCAUCCCGAUAAGAAAAGUAAUCUGUGCGUCCAACCACAACCGCAUCAUCACGGACUUUAUCACCACAGGCGAGUACGAUGUCCGGGGACGGCCUCUGAUGCUCUCCCACUCCCCGGCUAUAGAUAUUCCGAAGUCCUCCAACCUUGAGAGGUUUAUCUACCAUGUCUCAAAUGGAGACAGCCCUCUUGUCAAGGAGCUGUUCACACGCUUAGACAGACAGCAGCACUUUCAGGUUCCUGAGCCUCUCCUUGGCAGGAUGCAGCAGGAUGUGAUGGCUGGCUGGUGCUCGGAAGAUGACUGCUUGGCCGCCAUCCAGAGUGUUCACACACAGACGGGCUACCUCAUGGACACACACACCGCUGUUGCUAAAGUGGUGGCUGAUAGGCAGCAGGACGGUUUGUGCCCCGUAGUGCUUUGUUCUACUGCUCACUACGGAAAAUGUGCUCCCGCUGUGUUCAAAGCCUUACAAAUCCAAGAUAUUCCUGAGGAUCCCCUUGAGCAGCUGAAAAAGCUCGGAUCGACUGCAUCCAGACCGGAAAUACACAGAGACAUGAUGAAAUGCCUGGAGAAAAGUGGCAGGAGGGAACACACCGUUUGUCAGGCUGAGUACAGUGUGUUAGUAGAAGAAGUGGAGAGCAUGAUACACGACUCCUUCUUGAAAGUCAUGUAGGAUUAUUUUAGCUUUUGUUAAUGUCCACCUCAACCUGACAUUCAUUUAAAUCGAAAUUAUUUACAAAAAACUAUAUUUUUCCCGUCUUGUUUGUAUCUUGUGCUC